GGUGAUAUUAGUGAUUACUCACAUGUUUUUAUAAUACCAUCGUGGUCUCGAAGUUGAAAAGCUAUUUCAUGUUUCAACCGUAAUCUCGGAGAGGUAGACGUAGGAUUCCCCAAAUGGCCUCCCAAUCUCUCCUGAAUCUGGGGACGAAGAUCGUCGCUGUCGGCCGCAACUAUGCCGCCCACGCCAAGGAGCUCGGCAACGCUGUUCCCAAGGAGCCGGUGCUGUUUUUGAAGCCGACCUCGUCUUAUCUCCAGAACGGAGGUACCAUCGAGGUCCCUACCCCUUUGGAGUCGCUCGAUCACGAGGUCGAGCUCGCCGUUGUCAUCAGUCAGAAGGCUCGCGAUGUUUCCGAAACUGGGGCCAUGGAUUUUGUUGGAGGUUAUGCUCUUGCAUUGGAUAUGACCGCAAGGGAGAUUCAAUCUUCUGCAAAGUCUGCAGGCCUUCCUUGGACGGUAGCUAAAGGGCAGGACACAUUCACCCCAAUAAGCGCUGUUCUACCAAAAUCUAUGAUCAUGGACCCUGACAAUCUGGAACUGUGGUUGAAGGUGGAUGAUGAAAUCAGGCAAAAAGGCUCAACAAGGGAUAUGAUAUUUAAGAUUCCUUUCCUGAUCAGUCAUAUAAGUUCUAUCAUGACUCUGAUGGAAGGAGAUGUUAUAUUAACUGGUACGCCUCCAGGUGUAGGGCCGGUGAAGAUUGGACAAAAGAUCACAGCAGGCAUUACAGGUUUUAUCGAUGCCCACUUUGAUGUUCAGAGGCGACAAAAGCUUGUCAUUUAGAAGCUGAAAACCUGCUAUUUAACCACCACCUGCUUCCUUUACCUGUUACACAUAACCUGUAAUUGCGUCGGUGAGAUUUGUUGUCCAUUAUGAAGUGGAUUUUCGUUUGGGACGUAUU